CCCUAUUUCUCAGAAUUUUGUGUUCUUUGCUAACCCAGAUAUUCCCGAGCAUAUUUUUUGUGAAUUCAUUUAUUUUUCUAAAAAAGAGAAUUAUCUAGAAAGAAAGCUAUGGCGACGGCUUCUUCUCUCUCAGCAUCAACAAUUCCUAGUUUGAAGGCCCAACUGGGUGCUGCCAAAUUAAGCUCCUCGCCUUCUCUGCACCUUCCACCUCAGCUUAAUCGUCUCCAAUUUGGCGGCAGAGGAAUUUGCUUCUCUAAUUCUAGGUCUCGAAUUUUGCCUCUGGUUGCAGCAAAGAAGCAAACAUUUGCCAACCUCGACGAGUUGCUGGAAAAUUCUGACAAACCAGUGUUAGUCGACUUUUAUGCAACCUGGUGUGGUCCUUGUCAACUUAUGUCCCCAAUUCUCGAUCAAGUCGGUACUGUUUUGAAAGACGCAAUCCAGGUGGUAAAAAUUGAUACGGAGAAGUACCCUUCCAUAGCGGACAAAUACAAAAUAGAGGCAUUGCCGACAUUCAUCCUAUUCAAGGACGGGAAACCUUAUGAUCGCUUUGAGGGUGCUCUAGCUAAAGAUCGGUUCAUUGAACGCGUUGAAACCGCACUGCAAGUAAAGCAGUAGCUGUAUUGGAUAUCGAAAGAUUCACUCGCUCACUCACUCUAUGUCUCCACAUUUGGCUGUCAGGUUUCAUGGGCCAAGUCAAGGCAAAACAAUGCAGUGAUUUUGAAAUGUUAGGAGGAAGAAUCACCCAUCACUUCUCUUACCCAUAAACAAAAUGGUGUGAUGGAUUUUAAAUGUACAAACCACACAUAUUUAUUUGAACUGUUUGAAAUUUUUGAAAAAUGCCCUGUACUUGUAUUUUUGAAAAUGUUGAAAGUUUGAUGAAA